AUGUUGGAAAGUGAACUUAUGGAAGUUUUACGUUCACAGGAUUUUACAGAAUUAACGGAUGAAGAAAUAAAAAAAGUUAAUAAAUGGGUAUGUUCAGUUGAUAUUGAAAAGUUGGAUGAUGUUGUCGGAGUAAAAAGUGAGGAUAUGAGGUUUUUUAUGAUAAAUGUUUUUGAAGCUUUGCUUCAGUUAUUUGAAGAAGACAGAGAAACUCAUCGUGGAUAUCCUAAAAUAAAACUUGUAUAUAGAAUAUAUGCUAAUUUUUCAACUCGUUCAUAUAUGUUUAGAAAUUUAUGUCUCAAACAUUUAGAACUUGGACAUUGGUUUGCCAUUAUUCGUUAUACUGAUAUUCUUCCUGAAACUUGUGGUGCACUUUGUUGUUAUGGAAAAGAAUUUUACAAAGAAUAUUUAAUUGAUGAAAAUUUCUUCACAUUUUUUGGUAAUAUAACUGAUAUUUAUGCCGAGAGUUCAGAUAAAGAAGUUUCUAGUUCAAUAAAAGCGUUUUUUUGGAAAAUGUUUGAGGAAGUUCCUACUAUUUUAAAUGAUUGUUAUGACUUAUUUACAAAUCAUCAGUUUCUUAGACUCUUGCAAAUAGUAAAAUCUAUAAUUGAAAUGAAUUAUGAGGCAUCUUCUCCUGUUGUAAUUCAUGAAGGCAACGUUUCUUUUAUGGUAUCUCUGCUUGGAGAAUGGUGUCAAGAUGACUUUAAAGAUGCAGUUGAUUUAUAUAUACCUUUAUUUUUAAUGGAAUCACUCGCAACAAUUGUUCUUUAUGAACAUGGUAUUAAAAAGGAUAUUUUUGGUAGCAAAGAAGUUUUGAAUAAUAUUAAAGUAAUUUUAACAAAUGUUUUAUGUAAUGAAGGUAAAAGUAAUAAAAUGCCAACAUUAUCAGGUAAAUUUAAAGACUUAUGGAGUGAAAAGGAGGAAAGUGAGCCUGGAUUAUUGAAUGAUUUAAAAGUAUGUUGUCUCAAAUUGUUAACAAACAUUGCUGUUAAUAGUCACAAAAAUAAAGUUAAUGUUGGAGUUUGUGGUCUUAUCGAACCUAUUCUUCAAUGUUCUUUAGGUAAAACUACUUUAGAUUCUCCUUUGGGAAAGGAGUGGUCUGUUGUUUGUAUUAAAACUUUAACUGAGGAAUGUCCAGAAAAUCAAAAGAUUCUUAUGGAAAUUAAAGAUAAAUUGAACAGUUCAGUUUUGGAAAGUUUAAAAGAAAAAACUGUUUUAAUAUAA